AUGUAUCUAUACCAUGUCAACCUCACCGUGGGCAGCUCAGGGCAGGAGAUCGCCGUGGUGCUAGAUACUGGAAGCAGUGACACCUGGUUCAAUAUCCCGUCAUCGGAGUUCUGCACAAAUGGGGAUAACCAUUGCCAACAAUACGGCAUUUAUGAUCACACUAUUUCCAGUACGUACACGUUUGUCAACCAUGACUUCAACAUCACCUACAAGGACGGGACGAACGCGGCGGGGGACUUUGUCAAAGACACAGUUGCGUUGGGAGGGGUGACCAUCAAGCAGUUCCAAUUUGGCAUUGCAGAGGAAAGCACGUCCACCAGUGGAACAAUGGGCCUCGCAUUCCCUGCUUUAGAAGUCAGUCCCGUCCAGUACCCCAAUUUCCCACAAGCACUGGUGCAGGCCGGCCAUAUCCGAUCUGCCGCGUACAGUCUGUGGAUGGACGAGGUGACGGCGUACUCGGGGACGAUUCUCUUCGGCGGCGUGAACCGAGCUCGGUACCGUGGGGAACUCAGAACAAUUCCUCUCGAGCCCACUGGCAGCGCGUAUAUGUCUCUCCGGGUCAUUUUGACCGGACUUACUCUGCAACAGCCUGAGACACAUGCAGUUGCUUAUACAGAUGGAUUUCCUCUGCUGGUGGCCUUGGAUUCCGGAGCAAGCGUCACAUAUCUCCCGCAGUCUUUCACGGACAGGCUAUAUGCCGACCUCGGCGUCACAAAGAGCACCGAAUACAAUGUGCCAAUGAUUCCUUGCUCCAUGAAAGCGAAGAACGUCACCCUGACCUUCGACUUUUCCGGUAUCCACAUCGACGUCAGCAUCCACGAACUGGUGCUAGAGGGAAUAGAAAUGGACGAAAACAUCCUCCUGUGCACGUUCGGCAUCUACCCUUCGAUCAGUGCUAUUCCCAUAUUGGGGGAUACUUUUCUCCGCAGCGCAUAUGUGGUAUAUGAUCUCGACAACCGCGAAGUUUCCAUGGCCAACACCAACUUCGAUGCUGGGUUAGACGAUAUCUUGGAGAUUGGCGUGGGCCCACAGGCAGUACCGAGCGCAAAUCUGGUAUCUUCGCCGGCGACCUCAGCAGUUAAUAUGCCAACUGCGAAGCCAUCGGUAUCGGGGAAGAAGACGAAUAGUGGCGCUGGAGUUCCUGAGAUGGACAGCAGAUUGCUUGGUGUGGGGUUCAUGGCUUCUGCCCUGAUGUGCAUCGUCUUAUAG